GCUUGCUGCAGAUCGUACACAGUUUGAAAAUACGUGCUGAACUGAUAGUUGCUUCCGUUGACGGUUGGCCACCUAUUGAUUGUUUUUGGUUUGUGUACAUCAUGAAUUCCAAGAAGAAGGAAAAAAACCAGAACAUUAAAGUUUUUGUUAGAGUUAGGCCAAUGAACAACUUCGAAAAACAUCAGAGAACUACUAAUGUCGUUGAAAUUUCUGGUUCAAAAGAAGUGAAAAUCAGCGAAAGGACUUCGGAUAAAGUAACAAAAACUUUUACCUUUGACAGUGUUUUUGGACCCAGUUCUAAACAGAUUGAUGUUUACAACUGUGUUGUUGGUCCAUUGAUUGAUGAGGUGUUGUCUGGCUACAACUGUACAGUAUUUGCUUAUGGCCAGACUGGCACAGGAAAGACAUUCACUAUGUUAGGCGAAAAGGGGAAUGCUUUAAGUUCGUGGCAAACUGAUCCUCUUGCUGGUGUUAUUCCGAGAGCUGUAGGACAUCUAAUUGAUGAACUGCGAAUACAAGAUGUUGAGUACACCAUUAGAGUGUCUUUUCUGGAGUUGUACAACGAAGAGCUGUUUGAUUUGCUGUCUCCAGUUGAUGACAACAGUAAAAUACGGCUGUUUGAAGAUUCAACUAAGAAAGGUUCCGUUAUUAUUAAUGGGCUGGAGGAGGUGACAGUACACAGCAAAAAUGAAGUUUUCAAUAUAAUGGAUCGUGGUACGACCAAACGGCAGACAGCGGCCACUCUUAUGAAUGCAAAUUCCAGCCGCUCACAUACAGUGUUCUCUAUAACAGUCCAUAUGAGAGAGAAAGCUGUUGACAGUGAGGAACUACUGAAAACGGGCAAACUAAAUCUUGUUGAUCUUGCUGGGAGUGAGAACAUAGGCCGCUCAGGAGCAGUUGAGAAACGUGCCCGUGAGGCAGGCAAUAUCAACCAGUCUCUCUUAACUUUGGGACGAGUUAUAACUGCACUUGUUGAGAAAGCUCCACAUAUACCGUAUCGAGAAUCUAAGCUUACACGUUUGCUUCAGGAUUCUCUUGGAGGCAGAACAAAAACAUCGAUAAUAGCCACCAUAUCACCAGCUUCGUGCAACAUUGAAGAAACAUUGAGCACACUUGAAUAUGCCAACCGUGCAAAGAAUAUUCAGAACAGACCUGAAGUGAAUGAAAAACUAUCUAAAGCACAGCUCAUAAAGGAAUACACUGAGGAAAUUGAUCGCCUGAGACGUGACCUGUUGGCAGCUCGUGAACGAAAUGGUGUAUAUAUUGCAUUGGAAAAUUACAAUGAGAUGACACGACAGCUGGAAUUGAAUCGUCAAGAAAUAAAUGAAAAGCUGCAACUUGUUAAAGUUCUGGAGAAGGAGAAGGCUGAUAAAGAGGCUUUGUGCAACCAACUUCGCAUGUCUUUGGAAGAAACAGAAGGUGAACUAGUGGAUUCCAAGAAUACUUUGAAGUUAGCUGCAGAAACAGUUCAAGAGCAACUUGACAAAGAGAAGCAGCUAAUGGAACAAGCACAGAGUAUACUUGCCGUUGCAAAUACUUCUACUGUUGAUACACACAAGCUCCAUGAUAAACUUGACAGGAAAAGGUCUGUUGAACAGGAGAAUUCCCGAAUCAGUCAUGAUUUUCGCUUAGAGUUCCACAAAAAAAUUACUGAGAUACAGGGUGACAUCACAAAUUUUUUAAGUGGGCAUAUAACGGCUUUAAAUGAAAUAAGAAAAACACUUGAUGAAAGUGUACAGAAGAAAAAUGAAGAUCUAUCCAUAUUAAGUGAUGAUCUGGCUUCCUUAGUAAAUAUGCUAACAACUACCUUGCAGACGUGGAGCAAAAAAUCUUCUGAGAAGAUAGGUGCAGCACAACAAAAUACACAAAAUCUUCUUCAAGAUGCGAGAAGCAAAACGGAUACAGAAAUAAACUCGGUACACAGUUUCUUGACCGAAAGAUUUUUACCCAUAACCCAAAAUCUUCAACAUCAAAUUCUUCGCUCAAAAGCCGAAAAUGAUGGUUUUGCACGCCUUGUGAAUGAGCAGGCCCAGAGAAGCUCUGAGACAGUUGCAACAUUCACUAGAAUGCAGUUGGAAGCUCUGUCGCAAUUACGACAUAGUUUUAGCAUUCCUAUUCAGAUAGUUCAAGAGACAACAGAGCAAAUGCAGAAGGAUCAUAAAAAGAGGCAAGAAGCUAAACAGAAAUAUAAUGAGGAACUUUUCUCCAGUUUACGAAAAUUGAUAGAAAAUGCUAGAAAUAUUGAAAGAAGGCACCAAGAAUUUCUUACAGAAGAAAAUGAUGAGUCGGAAACAGAUGAAGAUUUUAAGCUAAUCCAGCAAAAUACAGAGAAAGCUAAUCUUGUGGUAUCAUCUGCUUUGGAAACAGAAGAAAGACGGUGCCGCGAUCUUCAUACUAGCAUAGAGGUGCAUAGCGAAGAAACUUCGGAAAUGGUAAAAGGAUUUCUUGAAAGGAUUUCAACUGUUAAAAGUGGGAUUGAAGAAUGUAAUGGUGAACUGGAAACUGUUGUAAGGAAAGCUGUUUCAGAUACAGAAGGAGCAUGGUCAAAACAAUACAGCUUCAUUGAGCAACAACUUCGUCAUAUAUCAGAAAAUAUUAGAGAAGCUGAGAAACAGCAUCAAGAUCAUACUCAACUGUUAACUGGGAGUCUCCACAAGUCAGCACAUGCUCAAGAAGUACAUAUAGAAGAACAACGCGUGGCAUAUGCCAGUUUUAUUCGUGACCGUGUCCUUUCUCUCGAACAGCAGUGUGCACAUAUAUCUGACUGGCAGUACAGUAUUGAUGGUCAUGUGCAAGAACGGGAUAAAGAUGUUGAACAGUUCAUUGUGGAAUUGCUACGUCAAGAUAUCCCUACUGGCACCACUCCGCAGAGAAGGCAGUUCAACUACCCGACAACCUUAAUAAAUUCAACACCUACAAAAAUAUUGGAAAAGUUACAAAAAAUUCAUGAAGCUGCGCAACUCAAAAAUAAGCUGGAUCAGGUUAUUUCAGAAGAUGUAGAAGCAGAGAGCACAGACUCCUCCAUCAGUAAUCAAGAUGCAGAAAAUAUAUUAAGGACAACCAUUAGCUUACAUAAAGCUAGGAGUAAUGAGGAUGUUAAUAAAGAGAAUUCACGGCCUGGUGACAAAGAAACAAACAAGUUACUAAAGUCUGCAAGUUUAAAUGAUAUGAAAGUCACACCACGUAAACCUCUGAAUGCUAAAAACUGAAUGCUUUUAUAUCACGACAUUACUUGAAUUUCUUUUGUACAUUCCUGUAAGAGGAAACAAAGUUUAGUGAACCUCAGUUUUAUCUUGCAAUUAAAUGUAAAUUAAACAUAUAUUGUAGCUGUGCGAAGCUGUCUGUAAAUAUUAUGACAAAGUUUUUACAGCUUGUUUUAAGAGAAGAAAAUUUCAGUAGGGUUAGGUUUCCACUGCCGUUUUUACCAUCAUACAUGUGAAUAUUUAUAGAAAUAUAAUAAAUUGUGUGUUAGUGUGCUAAUGUUCUUUUGUAACUAGGCAUUUAUUUUAAUUUUUUGUACAUUCCUGUAACAAAAACUGGACUUGACAGCUUUGUCUCAAGUCUUACUGUAAAUUGAGGAAACAGUGACAUUAUGACGCCAAAGUUGAAGUAUUACAAUAAAUUGACUCCAGUUUGUAAUGCUUUUAUUACA